GCCCGAACCGGGUUCCCUUGGCUGGGUCCGCGGAGGCUGCGCCAGGUGGGGCCCCCAGCCGCCUCCCACGCCAGGCUGUGCCCGCGGCCGCCCGGCCGGCCUUCCUUCCUUCCGCCCGCCCGCCCUGGAGUUAACCGUGGCGCAAUGAAGAGCUUCUCGCAGUAAAGGGAAAGUAGGUCGCGCCCUCUGAAAAUGCCUUUAAGGGACAAAUACUGUCAGACUGACCACCAUCAUCACGGAUGCUGUGAACCAGUUUAUAUCCUGGAACCUGGAGAUCCUCCUUUGUUACAGCAGCCACUACAGACAUCCAAGUCUGGCAUUCAGCAAAUAAUUGAGUGCUUUCGAUCAGGAACUAAACAACUUAAGCAUAUUUUAUUAAAAGAUGUGGACACUAUUUUUGAAUGUAAAUUGUGCCGCAGUCUCUUCAGAGGAUUACCAAAUUUAAUUACCCAUAAAAAAUUCUACUGCCCACCAAGUCUCCAGAUGGAUGACAACCUUCCUGAUGUAAAUGAUAAGCAAAGCCAAGCCAUAAAUGAUCUCCUAGAAGCCAUAUAUCCAAGUGUGGACAAACGAGAAUAUAUUAUUAAGCUAGAACCCAUAGAAACUAAUCAAAAUGCAGUGUUUCAAUAUAUUUCAAGGACUGAUAAUCCUACUGAAGUUACAGACUCAAGAAGUACCCCUGAACAAACCGAAGUUCAAAUACAGGAAACUAGUGCUGAACAGUCGUCUAAAACAGUACCAGUUACAGAUACAGAGGUAGAAACUGUAGAGCCCCCUCCUGUUGAGAUUGUUGCAGAUGAAGUUGUACCUACAUCUGAUGAACAACCUCAGGAAUCACAGGCUGACGUGGAAACUUCUGACAAUUCUGAUUUUGGUCACCAGUUGAUAUGUUGUCUUUGUAGAAAAGAAUUCAAUUCUAGACGAGGUGUUCGCCGUCACAUUCGAAAAGUCCACAAGAAAAAGAUGGAAGAACUAAAAAAGUACAUUGAAACACGAAAGAAUCCAAACCAGUCCUCCAAAGGACGCAGUAAGAAUGUUCUAGUUCCAUUAAGUAGGAGUUGUCCAGUAUGUUGUAAAUCAUUUGCUACAAAAGCGAAUGUAAGGAGGCAUUUUGAUGAAGUUCAUAGAGGACUGAGGAGGGAUUCAAUUACUCCUGAUAUAGCAACAAAGCCUGGGCAACCUUUGUUCCUGGAUUCUGUUUCUCCUAAAAAAUCUUUUAAGACUCGAAAACAAAAGUCGUCUUCAAAGGCUGAAUACAAUUUAACUGCAUGCAAAUGCCUCCUUUGCAAGAGGAAAUAUAGUUCACAAAUAAUGCUUAAAAGACAUAUGCAAAUUGUUCACAAGAUAACUCUUUCUGGAACAAACUCUAAAAGAGAGAAAGGCCCUAAUAAUACUGCCAGCAGUUCAGAAAUAAAAGUUAAAGUUGAACCAGCAGAUUCUGUAGAAUCUUCACCCCCUUCCAUUACCCAUUCUCCACAGAAUGAAUUAAAGGGAACAAAUCAUUCAAAUGAAAAAAAGAACACACCGGCAGCACAGAAAAAUAAAGUUAAACAAGACUCUGAAAGCCCUAAAUCAACUAGUCCAUCGGCUGCAGGUGGCCAGCAGAAAACCAGGAAACCAAAACUUUCAGCUGGCUUUGACUUUAAGCAACUUUACUGUAAACUUUGUAAACGUCAGUUUACUUCCAAACAGAACUUGACUAAACACAUUGAGUUGCACACAGAUGGAAAUAACAUUUAUGUUAAAUUCUACAAGUGUCCUCUUUGCACUUACGAAACUCGCCGGAAACGUGAUGUGAUACGACAUAUAACUGUGGUUCAUAAAAAGUCAUCUCGCUAUCUUGGGAAAAUAACAGCCAGUUUAGAGAUCAGAGCUAUAAAAAAGCCAAUUGAUUUUGUUCUAAAUAAAGUGGCAAAAAGAGGCCCUUCGAGGGACGAAGCAAAACAUAGUGAUUCAAAACAUGAUGGCACUUCUAACUCUCCUAGUAAAAAGUAUGAAGUAGCUGACGUCGGUAUUGAAGUAAAAGUCACAAAAAACUUUUCUCUUCACAGAUGCAAUAAAUGUGGAAAGGCAUUUGCCAAAAAGACUUAUCUUGAACAUCAUAAGAAAACUCAUAAGGCAAAUGCUUCCAAUUCACCUGAAGGAAACAAAACCAAAGGCCGAAGUACAAGAUCUAAGGCUCUUGUCUGCCUCGCGAAGCCGUCUCCUCGCAGCGCCACCGCCCUGCGCCCGGCCACCCCCGGGAGCCGCUGCCAGCCGGCGGGCGCAGUCACCACGCGCCAGGCCGCCGCCAGCUGCCGCGCCAAGCUCCGGGGCGGCGCCGCCCGGGAGCGACAGCACUCGGCCCGCGGCCUGGGGACGCCCACCGCCCCGUGAGCGCCGCCGCCCGGCCGCCGGCGGCACCUCGCCCCGCACAGCCCGGACCUCAGGCGCCGGGCCGCGCCCCGCCGCUCGCCGCUGGCGGCCAUCUCCCUACAUCCUCAGCCUGGUCUAGCUGAACCUGGUUUACCCCGACCCCUUCCUAGAAUGAAGCCCCUCAAAAGGACCAUGUGCCUUAGGGCCGGGGGUUAGGGAUGGCCUCCGUGCUAGUCGUAACUAUUCUCAGAGCAUUUCUUCUUCGUCUUUCCUGCCAAAAUCCCGGCUUUUUUGAUAAUCCUGUUGCUGGACAAUACCAUCCCCUUUCCUUCCCCCUCGUAAUUUAUAGAUUUCCUAUUCCCAGUCACUUUUUUUCAUUAUUAGUUCUUCAAAGACUAGCUCCUACUUGAGCCUUCACCUCAAAUCCUGUCAUCAAGCUGCUUACCACCAUGGCCCCACCCUCGUACCCCCCACACUCAUACACUGCCAUCUGCCAGAAGAUUGUUUUAAUGAGUAUCCAAAUCUCCGAUGACUAUGAGGUGGUUGACAAAACCGAGAGUUGUGUAAAGCACACUGUGGUUGAACUUGAACUCCAGCACCCAAUCCCUUCCUUCCUGUAACUUCAUCUCCAAUGACCAUUUCUCCCCUUUGGAAAAAGUCCUUGCUCCCACAGUUCUCGACUUUGUCAUCAUUAGAGACGACAUCGUCUCUAGAAUUUUGUCUGUAUGGACCAUGGAAAUGCACCUCUUAUAUUUCCUGCUCCAGGGAGCACAGUUGACUCCCAACUCCCUCUCCUUCCCAGGUGAUCCGCUGUGGGGUUUGCACUGAGGCCAUUCUCCCAGUCAGCGACUGAGUUCAGUGUGGAUAUUGGUAAUGGCCCUUUCAAAUGAGAUGUAGAACUUCUCUAAUGAGUAGUUUCGGCUUGGAGCCUGCUCAGCCGCCUGGCUGAAACUUUCUUGCAACCGUGCAGCUUGCAGCGUGGAGCUCUUGUGCUUCAUCCCCCUUUCCUGAUAGGUGUCACAUUUGCAUCAUGAAAUGAAGGUUCCCUUCCCCCCUUCCUGGAUCCUUCCCUUUAUCCUUCACAGGUGUUCCCUCAAUAAAAUUCUUGGAUGUUGAACACUGUCUGGGUGUCUGCUUGUAGGAGGGCCUUAACUAGCACAUUACCAGACAUUCCACUCUGAUCACCAUCUUCCUAUCCUGGAUUCCUUGCUCAUUGACAGCUAUUACCUCAUUUUCCCCACUUUUUAUCAGCCCUGUCUUUGAUUCACAUCUUUGUCUAGCCUUGAUUCCUCAGCCCAUCAUUAUUAUCAUUCUCUUUGAAAUAUAGUGCUCUCAGCACUCUAGAAUCUCGUUUUCUUCCGACAUACCUUCCUGACAAAAUCCCAACCUGGGAUAAACCCUACAGUCAGCCUCCCUCAGGUCUCAGUGGGACAACUAAACAUUUUCUUUAAGAAAAAUCACACAACUCAUCCAACUAGUUUUGCUUUCAAUCUGUUAUCUCAAACCUCAAAUUGGUGCUGUUAUCCCGCCAUAGUCUUAGUUUCUUUGCCACUACUAAAACUACUACUUAUAACUUUUCAUCUCCUCAAGAUGUUCUGAUCCUCUCUUCCCCAUUUACUUCACAUUUCCCUGAGAAAACAGAAGUUACUACAUACAAAUUUCCUCAUAUUCCCACUACAAGAUCUUCCAACCCAGCUACCUGGCUAACAAUCUUCUUUUUGUAAUGGAGGAAGCUUUGGGUUCAGCUCCACUUGUGCUCUGAAUCCCACCCCGUCCUGCCUUUUCAAGGAUUUUUCUCUUUAAGUUUUCCCCUUUCUUUCUUCUAUAUCAUCAAUCCCACCUCUCCACAAUGGAUUAUUCUUGUCAGCUUUCAAACAUACUCCUGUGUCUUUCAUUUUAACCAAACCUUCCCUUGUGCAUUUCUUUUUUUAUUAGCUAUUUCUCAGCUCUCUUUUUAUAACCAAACUUCUUUAACGGAGUUGUCUUUAUAUAUUGUCUCCAUUUUCUAAUUUUCUGUUUACUUUUCAAUCCACAACAGUGUAACUUCUCCACCACUGCAACUAGUGUGACCGUUAAAGUCACCGGUCACUUUCAUAUUACCCAGUCCAAGAGGGUACCUUCCUGCCCUCACCUUAGCCACUCUCUGCUGCUUUAAAUGUUCUUUCUUCAUGCCCAAGAUACUAUUCUUUCCUGGUUUCCCUCCUGCUCCACUGAUCACUCCUCAGUUUUGUACUCCAUGUUCUUUUGCCAAACUUUGAAAAGUUGGGGUUUCACACCUAUACCUUCAUUCUAGUCCCUCUAUUCUUUUUGAAUUCUUUCCCGGGAUGAAUCAAUAGAAAUCAAUCCAAUUUCUAUUGAUUUACAUGCUAUCUCUGAGCCAAUGAGUUUCAAUUUUAUGUUUUCCACCUAGACCUUUCCUUUGAGUUCUAGAAUCACAUGUAUGAUGCUUCCUUAAUAUCUUCCUUUGGAUGGCUCAUAAUUCUCAAACUUAGCAUUUCCAAAACCAAAGUCCUCAUUCUCACCCCACAUCCAUUUUCCCUGUCUUUCAUUACAACAAAUAGUAUCAUCAUUCAACCAAUUGCUUAAAUCAGAAACAUUGUGGUAAUCCUUGAUUCUUUUCAUGAUCUGUCCCCUACGUCAGGCAGACUAGCUUAAUCUAUUAAUUUUAUCCCCCCAAAUAUAUUUUUAAUCUGCUGCUUUCCAUUUCAAUGCUUUCACUUGGUCCUGACCAAUAAUUUUAUCUCACUCAAUUAUUGUGACCAGUCCCAUCUGGCUUCUCUGCUACUACUUUUAAUCCACUUCAAUAGAUUUUUGAUGCAGUGACAGCAAUAACCUUUCUCAUAAAUUGAAUCAAAUAAAUUGUUGCUUAUAGGAUACAAUCUGAACUCCUUACCAUGGCUCACACUGUCCUGCACAACCUCUUACAAAUCUCUCAAGUCUCAUCUAUGCUUCUCUCUGUAUUGUCCACUAUAAUGUAGCCACACUGGUUCCUCCAACAUACCGUGAUCCUUUUUGCAUCUCGGCGCUUGGUAAGUGCUGUUCUCUCUGCUUAAGCUACUGUUCACAGCCACCUUUUCCCCACCACUACUGCAUCCUUUAAAUAACUGCUUAAUUUUAACAUCUUGAGAAAAGCCUGAGCCCUAUUGGAAGUAGUUCCCAUUUGCUCUAUCAUUCUUUUAUUUGUUUCCUUCUUUACUUAAGUCUCUUCUCUCAACUUGUAACUUUAUUUACUUUUGAGCAGGGUCUAUUUUCUACAUUAGAAUGAACCGGGGGAGAGACUGUGUCUGGAUGUCUAGAUUCUUCAACAUUGUGUUCUCAGCCUGCAGCACAGUAUUUGACGCAUAUUAAGCUCACAGUAAAUAUCUAUUGAAGAAACGAAUGAAAGCAUUUGCUAAGGUUUCUUUGGGGGGGCCCAUUUUUUCUUGAUUAGUGAGAAGUAUUUAUAUAUUAAAACCACUAAUCAUUUGCGUAUUUUUGUAUGCUUCAGACAUUGUACCCCUUGUCAGAUAUGUACCAAUUUAAUUCAUGUUUUUGAUAUACAGAAAUAUUGUUUUUUUCAUUUAGACAAAUUUAUCUUUCAUAAUUUCUGUUUUUGGGUGAUAAGUUUAAAAAGAUCAUUUCCAUCCUAAUGUUAUAUAAAUAUCUGUGUUUCUUUUUACUUUAAUUUUUUGGAUUUGAAUCUUUGCUCCAAAUGGAAUUUAUUUUUUAUAUAGGUGUAAUUAAGUGUCUAAAUAUUUAUUUAGUUGUUGCAUCAUCAUUAUUGAAAACUCCAUUUUCUACUUUGAAAAUUCUACAUUUAUCAAAUAUUAAAUUCUUAUAUAUAUUUGGAGUGGUUUCUGGAUUUAUUGUUUGUUUGAUUUUUGGUAUCCUUUUGUUUCCUAAAUCAUGCUGUUUUAAUUAAUGCCAUUUAAUAUUCUGCUUUACUGCUUUACUGUAUAUUUAACUUCUCAAUGGGAUAAAGGUUACUCCUCUUUCUCAAGAUUUUUUUUGUUGUUGUUGUAUUUCUGCAGUUAUCUUGCAGAUAAGCUUUAGUUAUAUUUUGGUCAAGUUCCAAAGGAAAUUCUAUUGGCAUUUUGCUUAGAAUUACUUUUCCAUUAUAGAUUAAUGUUGGAUGAAGUUCCAACUUUGUAGUAUUAAAGUUUCUUAUUCAGGAACUUGUCACAUGUCAUGGUUACUAAAGAUAGAUAUGUUCUUCAGUAAUUUUGUAUGUCUUGCAUAAUUCUUAUUAGCUAUAUUAUUAUAUAUUUUAUAUCUUCCUUUGUAUUUGGGUGAGAUCAAUUUUCCCUUAUUUUUUAUAACUGGUUGCUACUGUGGGGUCAAACUAUUGAUUUUUAUAUUUAGUAACCUUUCUGAACUCUUUCAUUAAUCCUAGUUAAUUCUUUUCUAAGUAGCCAAUCAUUUUAAGGGUAAUGAUAAUUUUUCUCUCUUCUUUUACAAUGUUUAUACCUCAUAUAUUAAAUAAAUGAUAAUGAUAACUUUGUUCUUAUUCCUGACUUCUUAGGAAUGCUGUUAAAUUUCACUAGCUUUUAAUGUUAGAUGUUGGACUGAAAUACAGGUAUUUAUCAGGUUUAGGAAGUGUUUUCCUGGUUCAAGUAUACUAAGAAUUUUAUUAGAAGCUGUUGAAUUAUAAUAAACAUACUCCAGGCAACUAGAAAUUAUCAUAUAGUUUUACUCAUGUUUCAAUAUUAAAUUAUUUAUGCAUGGAAUAAUGCAUUUGGUUUCAUCGUGGUGAGGUUUUUGCCUUUUUUAGUAUAACACUGUUGAAUUUAAGUCCUUAAAUGUUAUUUAGAAUUAUUGUAUUUGUAUUCACGAAUAAGAUAAGGACUGCAGUUUUACAUUUUUGUAUUCCACCUUUAUCAACUUCAAAAAAUGAAUUUUCCAUAUUGUUCUAUGCUCUAGAUUAGUAUAUAGUAUGGGAAUUGCUUCUUCUUUGAAGCUUUGGAAGAAUUGACCCAUAUCACUGCAUAGGCUUUGAGCUUUUUCAGGGUGGGUAAAAGGGAAGAUAAUUCUCUGAAAACUUAAAAACCUCUUCUAUGGUUUUGGUCUAGACAGAUUAACUACUGCUUCUUGAGUAUCAAUUUAAAAAAUUAUAUUUUUAAAUAAAAUUCUAUGCAUUUUCAUAGAAUUUAAAAAUCUGUUUGCAUAUUUCUACAUACAAGUAUCUUAUAAUUAAAAAUAUUUUCUUCUAUAUCAGUGGUUAUAGCUCCUUUCCCAUUUCUAAUCUAUUUAGUUGUAUUUUUGUUUCUUUUAUUAAACUUGCCAGUCUUUUUAAGGAACCAACACUUGAAUAUUUUAUCAAAUCUUUUUUACUAUUUUAUAUGUAAUCAAUAUAACUUUUUAUCUUUAAUUUCUUACUUAUUUUUUCUUAAGUUUAUUUUAUUAAUUUUUUCUUUACAAUUAAUGGCUUAGUUCAUUUAUUUUUUCUUUUUUAUUUAAUAAUAGGACACAUAGACUAUAAAUUUACCUGUGAGCACAGAUUUGACUGCAUCUCAAAAGUUUUGGUAUGUAGUCUUAAUUGUUCGUAUUUUAAAAUGAUGGAUUGCAUUUGUCAUUUUUAUUUCAUUUUUGAUUGGUGUUAUUUAGGAUAUUAUUGUGAAUUUUUUGUUAUUGUUAAUCCUACUUUCUUUUAAAUAAAUAAUGCAUUUAUUAAUAUUUAUGUUUCUAUUUUAAUAAA